AUGCCACAUUUCCCCAUGAGUACAAGAGUCCAGUCGAGCCAAGAUGCAUCCAGCGAUGCGCAGAAUGUCUCAAUCAAAGUCAAGAACCGUCGGAAGCGGUACUUGGAUCUGCAUCCCGAAUACUUUACGGCAGAUCUUGAGCUAGCCGAUCCGUUGUUGUACGAUCGCCUCAUUCGUCGAUUCCAAACCCCCCAAGAAAGAGAAGCACAAGGGCGCGCCAAGGGCUUCUCCGGAGUUCUGCAGACGGAUCUGAUGCGGUCCGAAGCCAAAAUGGAGGCUCUUGCACACCCGGAUCCCAACGCCAUGCUGAGCUACACGCGUGGUCCCAGCGGGGAGAUAUUGGCCGAGGAUCGCGAUGAUAUUCCGGCCAGCAAAGAGGAGGGUGAGAAGGCUUGGCAGUGGGAGAUGGGACUACGAUUCAUGCGAGGCGACGACCCAGACUUUGACUACACGACUGUCGAUGAAAAUGACGAAUACGAUGACUGGACGGAACAACAAGAUAAAUACUUUGAGGAGGAGGAACCCGAGUGGGUGGUUGGUGAUGCUCGGGGUGAGGAUGCUCAGGCCAAGCUGCAGGGCGAGACCGGCAUUCAAGAUUUCUGA